CGCAGCAUUCACUACUAGUCACAGUUACCCCUGCUCCCUUCUCAGCACCUGACACACUUCUGCGUCCUCUUUUCCUUAUUCCCCAAAACCAUGGAAGACACUACAACAACGGAGGAUCUUACCGACGACCUCCAUAGCCUCAGCUUCACUUCCACCACCACCACCACCACCACCGCUGAAAUCAAACGCAGCACAAGCUUCAGCUCCUCCACCACCACCACCACCACCACCAUAAUAACCCCCUCAACCUCCUCCCACUUCAAGCCCCACCGCCCCCUCUCCCUCUCCCUCUCCGACCUCCGCUUCACGCGCCGCCUCGGCUCCGGCGACAUGAGCGCCGUCUACCUCGCCGUGCCCAAGGAAGGUAACGACGGCGCGGUGUUCGCGGCGAAGGUGAUGGAGAAGGAGGACUUGGCGAGAAGGAACAAGGAAGGGAGGGCGAGGACAGAGAGGGAAAUUCUUGAAAUGUUGGAUCAUCCUUUUCUUCCCACGCUCUACGCCUCCAUCCACACGCCUAAGUGGCUCUGUUUCUUGACGCUGUUCUGCCCCGGCGGUGACUUGCACGUCCUCCGCCAGCGAUUCCCCAACAAACGCUUCCUCGAAUCCGCCGUCAGAUUUUAUGCAUCGGAAGUGUUGUUGGCACUUGAAUACUUACACAUGUUGGGGGUAAUCUACCGCGACCUGAAGCCGGAAAACGUGUUAAUCCGAUCAGAUGGCCACAUAAUGCUCACAGACUUCGACCUUUCCUUAAAAUGCGACGAUUCCACAUCAACGGCACAAAUCAUCUCCGAUCAAAAAACCCUUCCCACAGUCCCACGCAACAAUUCCCACGUGGAACCCGCACGUGCCACCUCUUCUUCAUGCAUGAUCUCCAACUGCAUAGUCCCAACGGCAUCGUGCUUCAACCCAAAACGCAGCCGAAAAAAGAAACAAACACAUUUUAACGGGCCCACCUUCGUGGCCGAACCCGUUAACGUCCGGUCCAUGUCGUUCGUGGGGACCCACGAGUACUUGGCGCCGGAGAUCGUGUCCGGUGAGGGACAUGGUAGCGCCGUGGACUGGUGGACGUUGGGAAUAUUCAUGUUUGAACUGUUUUAUGGUGUGACACCAUUCAAGGGCAUGGACCACGAGCUAACCCUAGCGAACGUUGUGGCUCGGGCCCUCGAGUUCCCGAAGGAACCCGCGGCUUCCGCCGCCAUGAAAGACCUUAUUUCGCAGCUGCUGGUUAAGGACCCGGCGAAGAGGCUGGGGUCGGUGAUGGGGGCUUCGGCCAUCAAGCAGCACCCGUUUUUUCAAGGCGUGAAUUGGGCGUUGCUGAGGUGUACGCCUCCACCCUUUGUACCCCCUCCUAGUAGUGCGAAUGCUGUAUAUGAUGAUCAUGAAAGUUGUCCUGAGAUUUUCAUUGACUGUUUUUAAUGGAAAGGAAAUUUCAGCCAUAUAUGAUACCUUCAUAAAACUGUUUUGUUAUUAUUAUUAUGGAAUGGUGCAUGUGUAUCCCUAUUUCUAUUAGGUUAAAUUUAAUAUUUUUUGUAA